GCGAAGCGACACUACACGGCUGCGCGCAAAGCUUCCGCGCUGAAGGCGAAGCAGGUGAAGGCUGGUCAACGGAGACCGGGGCCCUCGGCGCCUUUGCCUGUGCCAAUGCCAGCUCCAGCAACUGCGCCGAAACCUUGCCAGGUGAACCUUCCUCGAGCUUCAACUGUGCAGUCUUCAGCGCAAUGUACUUCAGCCACUCCAGUUUAUGCGCCCCUGGUCCGAACGGUCAGCGUGCCUGGGACCAGUGUCGAGCUUUACGCGGCGAAGCGCAGGGCCAAAUCCGCCUACAUACCCUUGCGGGCCUGGGCUUUUCGCGCAGCAGCCAAGCCAAAGACCGUGGCCAAGAACCAGCAGCCAGCUGAACCAGCCCUCACAGCGAAUGAGGCACUGGUGGAAAACAGCGAACCCUUGCCGGGUCGUACAGGACGCCGCGAGAUCCUUGUUAGACAGCGCAG